AUGUCAGCAAGCAACGAAUGUACGUUAACGUAUGGUUGUGAGCGUGUUGCUCACACAUCCACGGAUGAGAGCAACAGCACUACGAAUAUCGUCGAACAACGUGAAAAUACCAAUCAUGCCACUAAUCACAUCAGCAGCAAUCACCAACCAAAACCACAAACCUUAAGUCGGAAACGUAUCGCUGCACGCAAAUUGCCACCUAUAGUCCUCAUUACCGAACAAAAUUCUACUUCCACAUCGACUUCGUAUGCAACGAAUGAUUUCGAUUCCACUGUUGCCCACUUUACGCCACUCUCGUCACAAGAAUCUGUUCCAGGUGAUGAAAAUGAUGUUAAACGAAAACGAUUGGACAUUCAGUCAAGUGGUGCUUGUAUCUUUUCGGAUGUAGUUGAUGCACAGUCAUCGGGUCCUUACAUUAGUGCUGCUGCUUCGUCAGAUAGGGAGGAUCCAUCAAAGAUAUGCGGAUCAUGGCCAAGUCUCAAUAAUGCAAUUGUUUGUGGUUAUCAAUUGAUAGGGGCCGGUAAAGAAUUUACCGCAUCUCAUAUAGAAACAAAAGUUGUUAAAACUUGUCAGUUGAUCGACUGCGAACAGUAUCGAAAGAUUCUGAAGAUAAGAGAACGAUUGAAUGAAGCUGAAAAAUAUUGGAAGUAUGACGAUUUAGAAGAAAUGAGGGAAUUUGUGUUACCUUCGGAGACUGAGGUGCUCGAAGAUGACACAGGCCGUCGUUUUAUGUUCUCACCGAUGCGAUAUGGUAAUUUACAACAAAAAGUUCAAUUGACGGAAUGCAUGCUAUCUGAGUUGGAUGUACAGCCUUUGUUCAAACAAAUCGUUCGGGCUGUUACGUUCUGUCACUCGAUCGGAGUGAUUCUUCGAGAUCUCAAAUUGCGAAAAUUCAUCUUCACUGAUCAACAAUUAACACGAUUACGACUGCACGACGUAUUUGAUUUGUUUGUGUGCGAAAAUGUUAGUAAUGAUGGCGUGCGUGAUCGACACAGUUGCCCUGCAUACGUCGCACCUGAAAUACUCAUCAAGGGUCCUGCUCAGUAUGCCGGGCGACCGGCCGAUGUGUGGGCUUUGGGUGUCUUAUUAUACGUACUACUCUUUAGACGGUAUCCAUUCAAUGAUGCAACCCCGCAGCGGUUGUUUUCAAGAAUAUUAAAGGCACGAUUUUGCAUACCAGUUGAUGCAGAUGUAUCAUUUGCAGUUCGAGCAUUAAUCUAUGGUAUGUUGCGGAAAGAGCCAAGUGAAAGACCCACUGCUAGGCAGUUACUGCAUAUGCCAUGGAUAUCGAGUGGCACUGAAACACUAUCGAAAAAGAUUAGGUUCUGGAUGACUGCUUCACCGGUUGUUGGAAAUGGUAGUGUACUGCAUGCAUCCUCCAUAUCCGCUGAUUCAUCUUCAGUUGCAUCGUCGAUAUCAUCAGCUGCUAAUCGUUUGCAUUCCCACCCGUCGUCAUCUCAUCGGUCUCUAUCAGCUCAGCGGAACAACUCCAGUUUAUCGUCCUCUGUUCGUCAAAGCGAUGAAUUGGACGAUCAAGUAGUACCGAACAUAGCAUUAACAGAUGACGAGAAGAGAGAGCUGAGUUCAGAAGGAAUGCAACCGAAUGGUUCUGCUGGAAUAUCGCUCGAACAACAGUCGCAACGGUUGCAAACAUUAGCAAUAAAUCAUACGUCGUGGCGAAUGUUUACUGCUGACACAACAUUGUUGGGUUGA